AUGCUGCUCCUCGCUCUGGAGCGCGCGCCUCUCGAGCGCAUGAUAAUCAACGCAGCUCGACAAGACAAUGGCCGUUGGCUUGGCCACGUCAUGCGGCUGCUGGCCAAGGACCGCGUUCGUGACGUUGUGCUCGUCGGAGAUUCGCGGACGUCGUUGCCACCAACUGCGGACGCGGAUCUGCAAGCGUGGCUGUCGUCCGGCCGAUCGCUGUGCUUGCGGGGCUUGCACAUCUCGGCGGCGCUCGCCGGAGCGCUGGCGCAGGCGUCCUCGCUCCAGUCACUCACCUUGGAUCGCGUGCUCGGACUCUCGGGACCGGUCGUCCUGCCGGCAUCGCUGACGACGUUCACGUGGGUCUUUGACGCCCGCCCAUUGGCGUCUACAGCUGUGGCGGCGUCGCUUGUCUCGGCGCCUCACUUGACGCACUUGACGCUUGACGGCGGCCUCUGUCCCGAUGCUGUAGCAACAGCCCUCAUGGCGCUGCCCGCGCUGUCGUCGCUGCGCCUGCAUGGCCUCGCGCUCUGCCACGCAGGCCGUUGUUGGUGGUGA